UUUAGCCUUCACUACUCGUAUAACCCACCUGUUUAUAGCGCCCUUCACUUCCAAAUCCUUCCUCUCAAUAACUCUCUUUUCUUCUCCUCUUCCUCCUUCACCACCCUUGUUUUACCCUUUUUUCUUUUUCUUUUUUUUAUUUCUUUAAGUUCAAACCCUCUAUUCUCUUUGCUUUAUUGAUUGCCAUUGUUCUCUCAUCCCUGGGUCGUCUUCACUUUUAUUAAUUUCCAUUUCUAGAGUGAAUAGAAAAUAAAAGAGAAAAGACAUUGUUGUAUCAAUAUUAGUUUAGUAAGUGAGUAAGAGAGUGAUCUUCCUUUCUCUUCUUACAGCCAUCAUUUUCUUAAUUUCCAAGGGAGACAUUGAGUCAACACACACUUUGCCUUGUUCCUCUCCUUUUCUUUUUGUUUUCUCUUCUUUCCCAGUUGACCCUAGACUUAUGAGAACAAUAGGAUGGGAGAUAAUUCAAAGUCUAGGUGGUUCUAUUGUUGACUCUUUUCCUUUUUUUCAUUUGUCCUUCCCAUCAUCUAUCCAAAUCUGCCUUACUCUCUGAUACAUACACCAUGCCCUAACCCUCUCUCUAACCUGCUUCUCAAUAACCUGAUAUAUAGCCAAAGCUUUUAUUUAUAACUGCAUAGUGGGUCAUCCUUCUCCCUUUGUCUCCUUUUUCUUUGUUUAAGUUAAUAUUAUUGUGAAACAAGGGUUUCUCAGACUCAGUGCCAAGGAUUGAUAGGAUAGAAUAUUGUUUUUCUAUUAUGGUGCUGUGCAAGAGUUGACAAGCUGUCCACAAAACUCCUAGGAUUUAGGAUUUAAUAAACAAAGGAAGCAAGCAUAGAUCUUUUAUUUUCUAAUCAUUUUUGGCCUCCUGCCCUAAACUACUCCAACCUUGUCAGUCUCCUCCUCUUUUGGUCUUCAAAGUCCCUACACAAUAAGGAAAGCACAAAUAAAAUACAUAAUACCUAGAAAUGGAAAUUUCCUGUCAAGAAGGAGAGAUCCCAAUUCCUUUGAACAGUACAUAUGGUGGGGGACAUGGGCACGGGCACGGGCACGGGCACAUGAUCCAUCAUGAACCUGCUGCACCCCACAACCAUAUCAUACCUUCUUCAGCACCCCCAAUUCUUUCCAAUGGCCCUUCCUCCUUGUCCACAAACCUAGACGAUCAUGUGCCCUACAAGAAAGCGGUGAGGUACAGAGAGUGCCUCAAGAACCAUGCAGCAGCCAUGGGGGGCAAUGCCACAGAUGGAUGUGGUGAGUUCAUGCCCAGUGGAGAGGAGGGUACCAUUGAAGCCCUGAAUUGCUCAGCCUGUAACUGCCAUAGGAACUUCCACAGAAAAGAAAUUGAAGGUGAGCCCUCUUCAUUUGACUGUUACCCGUUGCAUAGUCCACAUCUCAGCAGCAGGGUUGGAAGGAAACUCAUUUUAGGUCACCACAAGAGUAUCCUACCACCUGAGGCUCUAGGGUACCCCACAGGUACUCUUAUACACUCAAGAGCAGCACCAACACCCCACCAGAUGAUAAUGUCCUACAACAUGGGCUCCCUCCCUUCAGAGUCGGAUGAACAGCCCGAAGAUGGUGGUGGGGUAGUGGGGAGCAGGCCACUCCAGCUGAUGAAGAAAAGGUUCAGGACAAAGUUCACCCAGGAACAAAAGGAGAAAAUGCUUAACUUCGCAGAGAAAGUAGGGUGGAAAAUCCAAAAGCAAGAAGAAGCAGUGGUGCAACAGUUCUGCCAAGAGAUUGGGGUGAAGAGAAGAGUCCUCAAGGUGUGGAUGCACAACAACAAGCACAAUCUAGCCAGGAAAAACCCUUGUAAUUCCACCGCCACCGCCACUGCUGCUGCUCCUACUACCACUGCUGCAUGACCAUGAUGAUCAAAGUCAAAACGCCAAUUUAAUCAGUAUCUCUCCUCUUCAGUCCUUCUUAGUAAUUUGUGUCUCAUUUUCAUUUCCUUCCACUAUAUAUCUAGCUUCAUAAUUAGCUAGCUUAAUCAUUUCGUCUGGUUUGGUUUGGUUCCUUGGGUGUGUGUUUCUUGCUUAUAGUGGUAGUGGGGUGGCCAGUGGUGGAUUAGGCAAAUUAAAAAAAGAAGAAAAAAGUUUCCAAGACGGUUUCGGUUAACAUUAGUGAUUAUUUGACUCAUGUUUUUGCAAAUAUCCAUGCAUGCACGGAUGUAAUUCAGCUUUCUUAAUAUAUUAUCAUUUUUAUUACAAUAUAAUAUCAGGAGAUUUAACUUGUUUCA